AUGGGAAAAACGCUGAAAAAAAAAGCCAAAAUGGAUGUGGUGGUGGAUUAUUUUUCCGAGGGCUUGGCAGAAGAUCCCUCCCGGAAAGGGCUGGCAGGAAUUGUCCAGAACUGUACAACAGAAAUGGAGUUACAGGCAUGGCCUCAGGACAUUUACCAGCAGCAGCUGCAGGACAAAGGGCGAUGUCCAGUCUUAACCUCGCUGUUUAACUCUUUUGGGAUAUAUGGCGUAGGACAGCUCUCUCACCCGGUGUCCUGCCUCUCCUGCGUUGUCCCUGUUGCUUGCCUUGACAGGAUUGCCUAUCCAGAACGGCACAUUUUCCACCCUUUUGCCGCAGUAAGCGGCGACCAAGGGGCCAGACCCCGGACGCUGCGGAUCAGAUCUGGCGGUUCCGCAUGGGGCAGGAGGAGCAGGAGCAGCCUGAGCUGGAGCGGGGAGCAGCCCUCCUGGCGGGGGGAGCAAUUUCAGGCGUUGUUCUCCUCGACCUGCGGGCAGCGCACCUGGAGGGCGCCACAAGCCCCUCUCAGCCUCUCCCAGGGGCACGGCAGCUGGGGUGGGCAGGCUGCCGCACGCCUCCGUUUCUCCGGCAGCUGGGGGCGGGCGGGCUCCUUCCCGGCUCCCUCCUGGCUCCGCGCUAGGGCUGUCCCCGCCCGGGGAGGACUACAGCGCCCGUCGGUCCCUGCGCGCCGCCCACACACCCCCGCCUCUCGCCGCUAUCGCUGCCUCCUCUCCUGCCCGCCGGGAGCCGGACCCGGCUCGCCCGAGAGAGCGGGGCUGCGCGGGCAGGGCAGGGCAGGGCAGGGCAGGGCCGGGGGUGCUGCGGGCGGCGGCCGCGCUCGGGGGCGGCGGCGAGGUGGAGCUGGGCGGCCCCGGCCCCGUCCCGUGCGGGGGAGCGGCUCCUCGCAGCCUCGCUGCCCCGUCCCGACCGCUCCUGUGGCCGCGGCUCAUGAGGUGAAGAUGGUGAUCCGCGUCUUCGUCGCCUCCUCCUCGGGCUCGGUGGCGAUAAAGAAGAGGCAGCAGGAUGUGGUGAGGUUUCUAGAAGCCAACCGCAUAGAGUUCGAAGAAGUGGAUAUCACCAUGUCAGAGGAGAAGAGACAAUGGAUGUAUAAAAAUAUUCCUGAGGAUAGACAGCCUGCACAGGGCAAUCCACUGCCACCACAGAUAUUCAGUGAUGAUCGGUACUGUGGGGAUUAUGAUGGCUUUUUUGAAUCAAAGGAGAGCAACACUGUAUUCUCCUUUCUUGGACUGAAACCUACUUUGGCAUCAAAGGAGUCAGAACCCUAGAAAGCCCAUGUGAAGUACCAACAAGCACAUUCCUGAAUGAGUGACUCUAUUCUUCAGCACAUAACAGCUUCCCUAAUGGAUCACUGUGAUAGAGCAAACAUGUGUCAGUAGUAGUAGUCUGCUUGCCAUGAGGUGGUGCUCUCCAAUAAUGUGGAGCUAAUAACAUGCAUAUAAAAUAGGAUUAAGGCUGGGCUACUCAUCUUCUGUUGUAAAAAUGCUCACUCUUGAUGUUUCACUUUUGUCUUUUGAUUGCUUUUACAACUGGCUCUGAUAUUCUAACAGGCACGUGUGUUUGAGAAUAAGGAGUGAAAGUGUAGGGCUUGUAUCAUUCAUGAAUAUUCUUAUAUAGUCACAUUCCUUACCUUUUUUAAUUCCUCCCACUACUGUAGUUCAAAUGAAUAGUUUAAGUGCUGCUGGUUAUUAUGAUGUUUGGGCUGGCUAAGAUCCAGAAGGUAAAAAGCAUCAAUCUUGAGCUCUCAGUCUAAGCCAAUAACUGCCAUAUUUUUGCUCUACAUUUAUUUAUUUAUUGCGAUGUUUAUUUUAGAUCAUGGUUAUUUUAAGAGACAUGGGCUGCUAAUCUUGUUAAUGAAGACUCGAUUUGUCUAAUGAUGCACAUCACAGCUGACUGUUUAAAACAAAUUGCUAUCAUGAAGGAGGUGCCAAAGGGAAAUAUUUUGACAUGUUUCCAAAUGCAGGUGAAAUGUUCAGUAAAACACUUGGUGGAAAGUGUUUUACUGGGGAGUCCAGAAGAACUAAAGGGGUCUCAUAGCUAAUGACAAUAUGAAGUUAUCUCCUAAAUGAGAAACUCUUAACACCCAAGGAUGGAGCUCUAUAGUUGGACUGUCUUAAAAUGAAAUUUUGCCAAAACUUCAGUUUACCUUCAAUAACACACAGCUCCACCACAAGCCACAUGAGAGUUGGGGGAUACUUUGAGAGCUAGGUUUCAGUCCCAUGAUGGUUAAACACUCCACCAUGGUCCAAGAGCAUGCCUAACUUGCCUAGCUGGUGUCCUGGUUCUAUCCCCAGAUGUGGUGAUGUGGAGGUGCCUCCAAGACAGUUAGAAAGCUGAGUGUGUGCUUUGCCAAAUGAGGCCAGAAAGGUUGUUGAGCUGAGGAAUAAGUAAAGGAAGUGGAGAUUAUUCCAGUGAGACUGCGCUGAUGCACGUAACAGAACUUAGGCCCACGACUUGCUAAUAAUCAUUACAAAAUGUGUUCUAGACAGAAGUAAAAUUGCAUCAUGUGUUUUGAAUCAAAUCUGGAUACAUAAGUAACAUCUAUGCUGUGAUGUAGCUUUUACUAAAGGGAUUUCAUACUGG